CUCAGCCCUCCUCGCUGUCUGUAUCGAUGAAGUUGUUUCAAAGAUGGCGGAUUUCCUGCCGUCCCGCUCCUUCUUAUCUGUGUGUUUCCCUAACUGUCUCCUCACAAGCGGCGAGGUAGAACAGUUGCGGAAAUCUAAGGAGAUAGAUAAGUGUAUUAAUCGAGAUAAGACGUAUGUAAAAAGGCUAGUAAAGAUCUUAUUGCUUGGAGCGGGCGAGAGCGGCAAGUCCACUUUCCUCAAGCAGAUGCGCAUUAUCCAUGGGCAGGACUUCGAUAAGAAGGCCAAAGAAGAAUUCAGAGCUACGAUUUUUAGUAAUGUUAUAAAAGGUAUUCGAGUGUUGGUGGACGCUCGAGAGAAGCUUCUCAUCCCAUGGGGCCAACCGUUGAACCAGCACCACGGAGACACCGUGAUGGCGUUUGACACCCGGUCGGCGAUGGCCCACGGUCACGGCAUGGUGGAACAAAAGGUUUUCCAGCACUACCUGCCAUCUAUCCGGGCCCUGUGGGCCGACGAGGGCAUCCAGAAUGCCUACGACCGCCGGCGAGAGUUCCAGCUGGGGGAGUCAGUCAAGUAUUUCCUGGACAAUUUGGAAAAGCUCGGACAGUCGGACUACCUGCCCAGCCAACAGGACAUCCUCCUGGCCAGAAAGCCCACUAAGGGCAUCCACGAGUACGACUUUGAGAUCAAGAAUGUGCCCUUCAAGAUGGUGGACGUGGGCGGUCAGCGCUCCGAGAGGCGGCGCUGGUUUGAAUGCUUCGACUCGGUCACUUCCAUCCUCUUUCUUGUCUCCUCCUCCGAAUACGACCAGGUGCUGAUGGAGGACCGGCAGACCAACCGGCUGAGCGAGUCCCUCAACAUCUUCGAGACAAUCGUCAACAACCGGGUUUUCAGUAACGUCUCCAUCAUCCUGUUCCUGAACAAGACAGACCUGCUGGAGGAAAAGGUGAAGCAGGUGUCCAUCAAAGACUAUUUCCCAGAGUUCUCGGGCGACCCCACGAGCCUUGCAGACGUCCAGCGCUUCCUGGUGGAGUGCUUCCGCAAGAAGCGUCGCGAGCAGCAGCAAAAGCCACUGUACCACCACUUCACCACGGCCAUCAACACUGAGAACAUCCGGCUGGUGUUCCGCGACGUCAAGGACACCAUCCUGCACGAUAACCUCAAGCAGCUGAUGCUGCAGUGAGGGGACUGACCGGGAGGAGGAGGAGGAGGGAUGGGUGGAGGCAGACGCAAAGUGGGUGCCAUGGUGCCUUUUUCCUUACCCCUCACCGCCACCCCCAGCCCGUAAGGGGAGCGGGCAGUGUCCCUCCACCCAUGCAUCCUCCUUCCUUGACUUGGACCCACUCCUCACCUUUGAACUUUGACUGUGUAUUAAAGCCACUACUACUACCGCCAUUCCCCCCACGCUUGCUCUCUGCCUUACUGAGCUUGUUCACUGUGACUUAUAACAGCUGCCUUUGGCUCAGAGCCCCAAACCACUGUAAAUGACCUCUAACCCCCACUCUCUGACCCCCCCCUCGCACACUCACCAGUCCACAUUGUGCAGUGGACCAUCUUUCAUGUGUUGUUCUAAUUAACAUCCAAACACUGUCCUUUUCUUCUAUGCUGCUCGGACCACUGUUGCUAGGGAGGAAGAGGGGGAGGGGCUUGUGUUAAAUCAUUGUUACUGAGUAGCCAUUGAAGCUGCCGACAGACGACGACGACGACAUCCGAGCCUGUCGCCAGGUGUCUGCUUCCUCUUCAGAACUUCUUUUGUUUUUAUUCUCUCUGGUUUUACAUCUGCUCUCCUCUGGCACUUGGUGAUGACAUCACUGGGCUGGGCUGGGGAUUUCCUCUUUGGGCAGUGGAACAGGAAAGAACAGGGCUAGCACACACACACACACACACACACACACACACACACACAGAUAGGAAUUCCUGUUCUGAGGUCCACUUAAUUCUGGUUUUCUAAUCAUUUUGUUUCUUUUUCUAAUAUAUGAAUAUACUGUAUGGACCUAUGCAUUUUUCUUUAACUUAAAUUUUAUAGGGGUUUACACUUUGUGGAUUUGUGACAGCCGGUGGACUCUGUUACAGUUAAUUAAAGGGGAGGGUGGGCGAAAACACAAAGACCACUUGUAAGCUCAGUCGCCGUGCUAUAAGGCUAGCUAGUGCAGGGUGACAGGUUGCGUUUUGCUGUUUCUCAGGGCACAUUGUGAGCCACUUCUUUGAACUCUCUGUCUGCCACUCCACACGAGUUCCAUGAUGUCGUUUCUCUGUAAAUGCUAGCAGAGACGUCUCCUUACGCUUUAGAAGCAGAACUCUGGCCAUCCUCAACCAGGACUGUAUUUUACCAUCAGGGUCUGGACACACCUCAUGACCCCAUUUAACAUGUGGUCUGUAUCUACAUGCGUUAUGUGGAUAAUUACAUCUGCAUUUGCACCUGGAUUUCAUACGCCUUGUCGUUAUUUUAAUUCUGUCCACAUCAUGCUCGGCUCUCAAUAUGCACACAAGGGUCACAGCACUCAGAACCACUGUUGGGCCCUUUUGCACCAACACAAACCUCGUGCUAGUUCUGGGCUGCUACUGGUUCAACAUGCACUCCUUCCAACAACCGCUUUGCUUUUGAACAGUACUCUAAGUCACCUUAGACCCAUGUCAGUACAUCACUGUAUACUUCUUAAAUGUUAGCCAUUGUUACCAAGGUUACGCUAGCUAGUGAGCUGUUGGUCCGCUAACAUUACCCAAACAAGCAUUAGCUUGCAUUUGUCACGUGAAUGUUAUUAAGGUUGAACAAAAAGUUUGAAUUUCUGGUUAAUAUUAGGAACAAAACAUCGGUGUGAGAAAUGAGUAGCUAUGCUUGCUUGGGUAAUGUUAGCUGACCAACAGCUAGCUCUAGCUCCACUAGCCAGCUAGCUCACUGUUAUCGUUCAUAUAAUUGAGUGGCUCGCUGAACAGGUAAUAAAUACAUAGCUGACUGACCACAAGGCUCCCCUGGUGUAAGGGCUUCUUGGUUUAGACCAGUGGAGUGUUGGAACCAGUUUUCCUGGCUGAAAGUUCUUCAGCUGUCAAAACACGAAGAACUGUUUCCAAAUCAGGAACCUGCUCCGGACUGGCCCUCAGACUGCGUUGGUGGGAAAGGACUAUGAGUCAGAGUACAGUAGGCCAAGACCAAGCCUCUGGCCCGACACACGGUGCUUGGAACCGUGAAGAUAUCCCACCACCACAGACCACACUGUGGUGGCGCACCUAGCGUAGCAUCCCCAUUGCUAUGUCUUCAUGUUUCCUGUACGCACUGAAUGUCUCCCUAUCCAGCUAUCACAAUACAGAUACAGACCACAUGUUAUCACAAGGCUAUGGCAUUCUUUUUUUAUCUUUCUUGUUUUGCUACGUCUUCUAUCUGAUAGGAUCGAAAAUCAAGCACAAGCUCCUGUAAGGAGACCGAGAAGGUCUUGAAAGGUAUCCUGUGUGUUUUGGCCACGCCCACUGUGUCAGUAGAAAGCAGCAUAAUCAGUAAACUGAAAGCGGGGAUCGUGGUGUCUGUUGGCUGCAUUAGAAAGCUGCCAAAUCGAUCAUCCCAAAAAAUAUUUAAGGUGAAUGGAGAUCCAGGAGUUUCCAAAAAUACAAGACGUGUCAGCCUGAGGUCUAACAGUCUCAUUUCAAAGCUUGGGAAAAGGUCAAAUGAAACGGUUGGUUAAACAGUGAUAGAUGAUGUGGUCCAGGUUGAAAAUGGCCAAAUUUAUACUGAAGCCCUGUGGAAUGUCACAUCCAAGCCUGUAGGUUUUAUCUCUCCCCCAGAGACCAGGAAGGAAGUAAAACUGUAGGAUUACCACCUUAAAGUGUUCUGUGUUAUACCACAAGUUAUGAGGUGGCUCUGCCUUUCUUUGGUUGUCUCGGAUUGUUCUAAUUUUCUAAAAAGGUACCCGUUAAUUCUGUCCGUCUGCCCCUGACAUGCACCCUAAGUUGAAAACAAAAGGGAUAAAGCCAGCCUGUAUGUCACUAAUGAACCUGAGCAGCUGCUGUCUGCCGGCACUGCUGUCUACAGCUCAUGUACAGUCCUCUGACCUCCUUCCCUAAUGUCUAAUGUAUCAGUAUGUAUCUCACACAUUUGUACGUAUGACCAUGAGUGUUAUUUUCUGUUUCUUUUCCCCUUUUUUUGGAUGGUGUUUAUUUAAAACAGAAGCAGGCGGUGGUCUGGUGGCCUGUCUUAAGGUGUUUCUGGAGACAGUCCCAUUACUCAGCUUCUUCCGGUUGUGUUGAGACCCCAAACACCAAAGUCCUCCAUGCACCCCGCAGAUUACUGGCUCCACUGUUCCACUUAUAUACAUACGGAUAUAACACAAGUUUUAAAAGUAAUGCGAUUGGUUUUAUUGAGCUGUUACAUCUUGCCGGUUAUAAACCAGAUUCACAGAAGAGGGUUUAGUGUUUUCAAAAAGGGCAUAAUCAUGUGUUUGCAUGGGAGCACAGAGCUUCUACAUACAUCAGCAUAGCCAUAUGAAGUAGUUUUAUUUUGUCUUGUCUUUAUAGAUAUGGUUGUAUGCUCCAAUCACAGUUAAGCCUCUGUCAGCCUCCUUUCCUGUACUGAGAUUGAAAAGACAACCAUGUUUUGCAUAACUUGCCUACAGAGAUGGCAUCAGUGAGAACUAUGAACUAUCUGGUUAGCACGAGAAACUUGAGAAAAGUUUUUGCUCAUGUAAUGACCUGACUACUGUCGGUCGCAGGCUCUUGAUCAGUGUAAUACCUGGAUCCUUAAGUUACUGUACAUAUAAAUUCAAAUUCAGUGUUUUGUGUCUAGCUGCAAGCUUUAGCUCCUCAUAACUAUAGUGUCAUUUUAACUCCUCGGUCUCUCUAAUGGAUCACGUAAUUUAAGUAAUUUUCAUAUUGGGUGAAAAUGAAUGGAUAGCUAGUUAUCAACUUACUGUAUUUCAGCUAUGGUUAAAUGGUGUAACAGAUUGCUAAAGACAAUUGAUAAGUCAUUGAAAAUGAUAGGUAAAGAUUUCUAACUAUCUUUGUCGGCUCUGAUUGGUUGUUUCAUUCAGGCAUUCACAGAUUAUCUGUCUCAUGUACUACUGUCAGGAUAUAGUGAAAGUUUCAGCUAAUAUAUAUAUAAUAGAAAAAGUAACUUUUAUAAAAAUACCUACUGCAGCUUUAACGUAAUGGAUAAAGAGUGAAAAUAGCAAAAACUAUUGAAUAAUUAGUUUGAGUAGUUUAAAUGAAGCCUGGGUGGUUGUAAUGGAUAAAUGACUGAAAUGUUUGGCUUCUAGAGCAAAUUUAAACUUUGCUGACGUAAACAUUUACACUUUAGCUGUAUAAAGAAAAUGUUAACAUUCAGUUUAAGAUCAAUUCAGAUAAACGCGUUGAGAACAUGAUGGGUGGUGCUGGAUGAGUCGGCGGGACACUUGACUUGCAGAGAAUUCUGACACAUUUUGAUUUAGUUUAGUGUUCCCAAUAGCUGCAUCAGCGCAGUACUUCCUGCACCCAAGACCCAACAAGGAGCCCGCUGUCUCUCAGUGUGUGUUAGCGUGGAGCAGUAAAGUCACAUGGCCCAUUUUGGUGCUUGCGUGUUCCCGGCUCUAAAAGAGGAAGCUGACCAGCGGGACCGUCUACCAAAAGCUCGAUGAAGUCCUCAAACAGGGCAGCACUAGUCAGCAUGUUUCUUCCUCCAUCAGUCUGUCUGCAUCUGGAUGAAGCAGCCUCUGUCCGUCUGUCUGUGAGUGUGUGUGUGUGUGUGAGAGACACAAACACAGUGUUCAGUGCUCAGACAGCCCUCAAGUUAAAAGCCCAGCAGAGGCCUCUUUGUCUGGAUUCAGACCGUUGUCAUGUAAUCGCUUCUGGCCAGAAGAAAGCCUUUUGUUACACACACACACACACACACACAUACACACCAUGAAGUCAUAGCAGAACAGGCCCGUACCGUGAGACAGCCUUUGUCCAUGCUGAACAAACUUGGAUUAUUGGAGCACAGGCACUAUAUAGUCACACAGGAGCGUGAGCUGUCUCCACUCUUUAAUGGAUGGAUAGAACUUCUCCAUGUCCUCCCAAAGCACCUUUUCAACUCUCUUCCCUCAUCAUUCAACAGAAGAAUAAGUUCUGAGAUUUAUCAGAAUUCUGAAUAAAAAGACAUCCAAAAGAUCAGUAGCCCAGAAAAAGUACAUCAAUAGAAAAAAGAAUAUUAAUAUUUGAAUUUGUAAUAUUAAUGUUAGGUUUCAUUUUUGUAACACUGCCAGCUUGCCAGCUUGCUCAGUGUUAUGUUUGUAAGUUGUAACAUUGAUGUAAGAAAUAAGUAGCUCGCUCAACAGCUAAUAAAUACAUAGCUGGCUGGCCUUAAGGUGCCCCCAGCCCCUGUUUUAAGUGGUUCACCAAUAUGGUGGUGCCGCACUGGUGAAAAGAUUUGAGAUAAGGCACUGGCUUCGAACUGGCCCUCCUACUGCCUUGGUGGAGACGGAGUCACAGCCUUCUUAAGGAAAUGGAUCUGUAAAGGCCUGAAUAUACUCUGUUUAUACUAUCUGGAGUCUGCUUGAAGGGCGUGUUCCCCAUAGUGGCCCCCCUGUGGACAGUCUGCGCAAUCACAACAAAUUGCAGAUGCACGGUUGUCCACACAGAGCCUACGUGAAGGAAUUUAUGUCACCUGGACCCUCCGGGUUGCUAAUUCCUGCUAAAGUCAGAACCUCAGAAUGUUUUAUAAGUCUCAGACCUCAUGUAGCCCUCAUGCUCCUUUGGCUUUUUUUUAUGUUGCACCGUUCUGUAUGUGGGUCAGUGCAGUCACAUGUUCACCCUUUGCCCUCUAGCACCCACAUGGAUUGGUCCAAUCUCAAAGGGGGCAUGAGGAGCAGAGUGCUUGUGUUCAGUGCCAUCACUGCCCUGGGAUCUGAGGGUGUUGUUUCUUUCUGAUCUGGAACAGGGAAGAACUACUUUUAUCCAAGAGGCCUUGUUUGUUAUCCGUUCCUGAAGCUCCACCGGGGGCAGUGUUACACGUGAAGAACCAGACUGCCUUUGACUUCGCCUUCUAACAUUUCCAUAAUACUGGUUUUGUACACUGCACCUUGUGUUCUGUGAAUCUAACAUUAAUGUUGUGACUGUAACAGUAUGAAUCAAAUCUUCAGUGUUUGGUUGUACCAGUGGAAAUCAGUGUCACCUUACAUAGUCCAAACUAUGCAACAUCACUGCUUCACAGCCACCACUUGGUAUUAUGUUGUGUCAAAAAUAAUCGUGAUCGUACUGACUGCUGAUUCUCUUAAUGUCUUAUAGAAACCUGUCUUUAAUCAAAUGAUCUGCCAAAUGUACUGAUGAUUAGUGCCUCCUUCUCCGAUCUCUGCCUCUAUUGUCCAAUCAUGUUAACAAAGGUUUUAUACUCGGUAGGUUUUUUUUAAAAUGAUCCCACACGAGCAGUUUGAUAUCCAACCAAAUAAUUCAGAUGUAACUCUUCCCAGUUUUGUUAUUUUCAGAUAGACAAGCUUUCAAUGUACAGUCUAACUUAUGCUGUCUUACCCUCCUACUCUCCUAAAUAAAUCCAACUGUUUUUUAAAAA